AUGGGAAGAGCAGCGAGAUGGUUCAAGGGCAUUUUCGGUAUGAAAAAGAGCAAAGAGAAAGAGAACCGUGUUUCCGGCGACGGAGAAGCCGGCGAGUCCAACAUUCACCGGAAAGUUCUCCAAGCGGACUCCGUCUGGCUCAGAACUUACCUGGCGGAAACAGACAAAGAACAGAACAAACACGCGAUUGCGGUUGCUGCCGCCACAGCCGCCGCCGCAGACGCAGCUGUUGCAGCCGCGCAGGCUGCCGUGGCUGUUGUCAGGCUAACAAGCAACGGAAGAGGCGGAGGAUAUUCCGGCGGGACCACAACGGAGCGGUGGGCCGCGGUGAAAAUCCAAACAGUCUUCAAGGGCUAUUUGGCGAGGAAAGCGUUACGAGCUUUGAAAGGUCUAGUGAAGCUACAAGCUCUAGUGAGAGGCUACUUGGUCCGCAAACGCGCCGCCGAAACGCUUCAUAGCAUGCAAGCUCUCAUCAGAGCACAAACCAGCGUUCGAUCUCAACGCAUUAACCGCAACAACAUGUUUCUUCCUCGAAAUUCUCUUGAAAGGUUUGAUGAUUCGAGAAGCGAAGUACAUAGCAAGAGAAUGUCAAUCUCUGUGGAGAAACAGAGCAACCACAACAACAAUGCGUACGAUGAGACCAGUCCCAAGAUCGUUGAGAUUGACACUUGCAAGACGAAAUCAAGAUCGAGGAGGAUGAAUGUCGCUGUAUCGGAAUGUGGAGAUGAUUUUAUCUAUCAAGGGAAAGAUUUCGAAUGGAGUUUUCCGGGAGACAAGUGCAAAUAUCCCACGGCUCAGAACACGCCGAGAUUCUCUUCGUCGGCGGCGGCGGCGGCUAAUAACCAUCAUUACUACGCGCCGCCGUCGCCGGCGAAAAGCGUUUGCAGAGACGCUUUUUUGAGGCCGAGUUAUCCUGGUUUGAUGAUGAUGACACCGAGCUAUAUGGCUAAUACGCAGUCGUUUAAGGCUAAAGUGCGUUCGCAUAGUGCGCCGCGACAGCGUCCUGAUAGGAAAAGGUUGUCUCUUAAUGAGAUUAUGGCGGCUAGGAGUAGCGUUAGCGGCGUGAGGAUGGUCCAACCGCAACCGCAGUUUCUGCAGCAACAAGAAAAACGUUCUUCUUGUUCAUAUGAUCAUCAGUUUCCUCAAGAACCGGCCAAUUUUAGAUUCUACAAUUAG